GGCGCGGGAGGGGCCAUCCCAGGGGCGGACUGCCGCGACCUCCCCUCGAGGGGUCCAGGCUUGUCUGUCCCUAGGGCGGCUCCGCGUCCCACCACUUCAGAAACACGGCUGCCUCCUACCGGGGGUCUGGCCUGGGGGACCUUGGAGACGGACAACACCAGGGCCCAGGCUCACCCCAGGAACAGGGCUGUUUGGGGUAUGAAGGGGGAGGAGGUGGGCUGCCACAUUUGGAAAUAGGGAAAGGACACUGAAAGGGAAGCCCUUGAUAGGGAACUCGGUGCUGUCAGGGGUGGAGGCGAUGUGAGUUUUGUCAGCAGUCCGGUAAGAAUGCUGGAAGUAGGCAGUCUUGCCUAUACACAGUAGACAGUCUUCAUCUUGGCCCUGGGAAGAAACUCAAGAAGAAGCUUUUGAAACUUAAAGAUUAGAUGGGGCUUGACCUCUGCUGGGCAGCCCCCAGCUAUAAGAGUUCUUGUCCUGAGCAAAGAAGAUGACUGCACAACUGAGAGAGGCCAUGGCCUUAGCCCCCUGGGGCUCAGCGACAGUGAAAAAGGAAGAGGAAGAGGAAGAAGACUUCCUAGGUCAGACAUCCAGCCAACAAGUGCACUCUGAGAACACCAAAGCCUGGGCUCCUGGGGAAGGUCCUCAGACAGGCCUUGAUAUAUCAGAACAGGAGGAAAAGGGUCCAAACAUGUUCUGGGACAUGGCUGUCAUCCUGAAAGCAACACAGGAGACACCUGCUGCCUCAGCCAUUGGCAGCUAUUCAUUACCAGGGACUCUGGCCAAGAGUGAGAUACUGGAGACUCAUGGGAUUAUGACCUCUCUAGGUGCUGAAACCAAGAAGCCACAGUUCCUGGUUCCAAAAACUGAGAUAUAUGAUGAAGCAGAAAAACCAUUCAUAAAAUCAGGAAGAAUCCAGAAAGUUAAUCCUCAAGGACCUGAGUUAGGAGAAGCCUGUGAAAAAGGGAACAUGUUAAAUAAGCAGGCAAUUAAGAGGGAAAAGAAAGAUUUCAGACAUGUGACAGUGAAGGACUGUCAUGUACCUGAAAGCUUCAAAGUAGAGGAAGAUCAGAAAUGUCAGAAAUCUGGGGAAAGAUACAGCUUUAGUUCUAGCUCUGUUAAAAAUCAGAAAAGCCAGCCUGGACAGAAACCUUUUACAUGUAGUGUAUGUGGGAAAGGCUUUAGUCAGAGUGCAAACCUUGUAGUGCAUCAGCGAAUCCACACAGGGGAGAAGCCCUUCGAAUGUCAUGAGUGUGGGAAAGCCUUCAUUCAGAGUGCAAACCUUGUUGUACAUCAGCGAAUCCACACUGGACAGAAACCAUAUGUUUGUUCAAAAUGUGGGAAAGCCUUCACUCAGAGUUCAAAUCUGACCGUACAUCAAAAAAUCCACUCCUUAGAAAAAACGUUUAAGUGCAGUGAAUGUGAGAAAGCCUUCAGUUAUAGCUCACAACUUGCUCGGCACCAGAAAGUUCACAUUACAGAAAAAUGCUAUGAAUGUAAUGAGUGUGGGAAAACAUUUACUCGGAGCUCAAACCUCAUUGUCCACCAGAGGAUCCACACUGGGGAGAAGCCCUUUGCCUGUAAUGAUUGUGGCAAAGCCUUCACCCAGAGUGCAAAUCUUAUUGUACAUCAACGAAGCCAUACUGGUGAAAAGCCAUAUGAGUGUAAAGAGUGUGGCAAAGCCUUUAGUUGUUUUUCACACCUUAUUGUGCACCAGAGAAUUCACACUGCGGAGAAACCUUAUGAUUGCAGUGAGUGUGGAAAAGCCUUCAGUCAGCUGUCUUGCCUUAUUGUGCAUCAGAGGAUUCACAGUGGAGAUCUUCCUUAUGUGUGUAAUGAGUGUGGGAAGGCCUUCACGUGUAGCUCAUACCUGCUUAUUCAUCAGAGAAUUCAUAAUGGGGAAAAACCUUACACAUGCAAUGAAUGUGGCAAGGCCUUCCGGCAGAGGUCAAGCCUCACUGUGCACCAGAGAACCCACACUGGGGAGAAGCCCUAUGAGUGUGCCAAGUGUGGUGCAGCUUUCAUUUCUAACUCGCACCUCAUGCGACACCACAGAACCCAUCUUGUUGAGUAACAAGAAUUUGUUAUUCCAGGCAUUGAUCAUAAUCCACUACACCCUAAUUGGACACGUCUUUGCUGUUAUGUUCCUCUAAAAAUGAGGCCCACCAUAUUCUUAACAGUUUUCAGGAGUGUAUCAUAGAACAUAAACAUUUCAGAAGCUGACUUAAAAAAAGUGAAAGCUAAACACCUAAAGGCAAGGACUGUUUUUUAACUGUCAUCAUGUUUGAAAUGGAGUGUGGCUUUCUUAGAAAUGGGUCAUACAAGGCUAAGUGAUAAAGAUCCUAUUUGAGAAAAGGUAUUUUAACUUAAUCUUGUUUUUAAAAACUCGUCAUUUCUUGAGCAACAGCCAGGUUAUUGGUAUAGGUCUGCUUGGUGGAAUUCUGGAGCUUUGAAUCUUGUAUUCUAGUAUUUUGGGUUAAGAAGUAAUGACUAAGGAAACUACUUGGGGUAGCAAUUCAACAACAACUCACCUGUGAUCAUUUAUAAGUUUGCCACACCUUAGGCAAUUUAAACAUUAAAAGAAAAAACACAAAACAUUAACUAUCUGCCGCUCCUAAAAUAGAGGUAGGAAACAGCUGUUUCUUUUAAUCCUCUAUACCUCCUGAACCUUGGUAUGGUAAAGCUCUGGGGAGAUCUCGAGUCUUCCAUUCUGCAGUCUGUGUGGCCAAGCACUUGAGGAUUGAUGGCGACAAAACACUGGGACCAUAAAUGCUGCCAGGCAGUAUUCAUUUGUUAACAUCAACUCUCCAAGUGACCCUAACUUCCAUUGCAUUCCAUCGGAGUGAGAUGCCUGUAACAGUCCCCUUCUCACAUAGAGGAGUCAAAGAAAGCUUGCUGAGAGGCAUGCCCACAUUAUCUAUGCUCAUUCUGCUCAGGCCCAGCCAGGGGGCUCAGUUUGGGUGUCAUUCUCAGUUUUUGGCUGGUCUUUAGAAGAAAUAAUGGAGUCCUAAAAAUUUAAGAGGACCAAAGAGGGAAAUACAGGGAGAGGAAGGAGGCAGAGUGGGACUCCUAAGGUCUUUAUUUUUUUGAGAAGCUCAAAGGUAUUGGAAUGUGAAAACUUAGAAAGAUGAAGAAACUGGCUAAGGUAAGAUAACCUUUGUUACCAUUGAGCCUUUAUUCCUGGAAAAAAUGAUUUAUAGAACUAUGCAAUAGGUAGAGCUAUGUAAUAUUGCCUUGUAUUUAAUAUAGAACUUAAUUCUUUGUUUAUACACCUUCAUGUAUAGAAUCAUAAUCCCCAGCACUUCUCUUAUGCUUUCACAUAGAUCCUUACUUUAAUCCUGAGAACGCUGAAAGAAGUGUUUGCCCCAUUUAGUUAAGAGUGGUCAAAUAACAAAGAACAGCCUACAUUCAAAUCCAGGACUUAAAUCCAGGUUCUCUGUUCUGCCAUGCUGUGUCUAACCACCUGUGUCUAACCACCCAGAUCUGCGGAGAGCCUGAGAAAGGGGUAUAUGGCUCAUUUUCAGGUGAGGAAGCUGAGGUGACAGAUUUUAGGAUGUGCCUUAGGCCAUGUGACCAGUAAGCAGCAAAUCUGAGACUGGAAUUUGAGUCUCCCAAGUUCUAGGUCUGUCUCUUCUCCCCGCUUAGUAAGCAAGAGCGUAUCAUAAAUGCCCUACCUGGUGAUAAGCUAUCUGAUGCAACUCAUGUAGAAGUCCCACCAUUGGGACUCUUACUGACUCAUUUGUUUUGUAUUUUACAGAGUGCUUUCAUGUACAGAAGGCAUAAACAAAGCUUAUUUCCUCUUUCUACUCCCCUUCAACCAUAGUCUUUCAUCCAAGCAUGUGCACCACCUUUUCCCAGUUUACAGUCUAAAUCAUACACAACUCUAAGAAAUUAAUAGGAUUCAAAAGUGAGAAUCAAAAAUGCUAUGUACUCACUGACCUUGAAAGUGACUGUUCCUGUCCCCCAGCUGGGAGUGGAGAGACCCAAAGAUAACACCUGUGUCUGCUGAGGAACAAGCUUAGGUUUUUCCCCCUGCAGGAUCAGGAAGCCCAGAAGAGAGGUAGAGCAGGUCUGAAGAUUGGGGAUAAAUCUGUGACCUGGACCUGUCCAGAGACCAAAAGUGUACUUUCCUGAAUGAUACUAGCCAGGUUAGGAUUCUUAUGGCAGUUAAAUUGUUUUAGCUUCACCUUGUGUGUUCUUCCUCCUAUUUGAAUGCUUGUCAUGGAUGAUUGUGAUUUCCUGGCUAAAGAUUGCUGUUCAUAGUUCAGAAAAGGCUAUGUAGGUGAUUAUGAUGCAAAGCUGGAUUUGGGAAUCACUCACCCAACCUUGCAGUGAAACAGUGGUAUUCACUUGGCUGCAUGUUAGAAUCACCUUGUGUACUUAAAAAUUUUUUUCAUUCCCAGGGCCAGGUAUUUUUUUUUCAAUUCUGGAGGGGAACCCAAUGUGUAACCAAGGUAAUGGCCAAUGCAGUCAAGUAAAGUCUGCAGACCACAAAUGGAUCUGAUCAAAGGUGGAGUGGGGAAGCCCUAAUAUAAGGAUGUGGAUGUGCAGAGUGCUCUGUGCUUUCAGCAAAACAGAAUGCUAACAACAUUGGCUGCACUGGGUGUCCUGUACCUUGGCUGUAAGGAUUGUGUUCCCUAACUUUAUUUGUAUUUUAAAUGAAUAUACCAAAUACUUUAUAUAUAUGAGCAAACCAAGUUUUACACAUUUAUAUUCUUCAUUCAACAAAAUGACUUUUUACAUUUGUACUUUAUUUCAUCUCCAGGUCUUGGUUUCCACAAACCUGCACACAGGUUCAGGACCUUCAAUCCUGCACAAAUCAUGUGAGCCUAGUGGAUUACCAGACAGACCAGAUCCUUACCCAACUAACAACUCUUACUUCCAGCUCAUUUCCAGCCCUCAAAAUAGAUUACCUGCCCUCCUUUUUCUGUAUGGUUUCGGGUAGAUGAGAAGUGAGUACUACUAGUUGUCACCAUUGGCUUAGGUUUUCCUUUUCCUAGAGGUCAACUCCUUUCUCCCUUGUCUGUUAUUUCUAGAAGUGGAUGGGAACUCAAGCCCUUUCUUAAGUUGCCAAGAGCAAUCAGAGUUUUAGUUAUCAAAGAGCCAGGCCAAUUGAUGGGUAUUAAGAGUAGAGCCAGGAAGUCUCAAGUGAGUACAACAGUUGUGUAUACUUUGAGGGGCAUAGGAGAGACUCAUCACACACACACACACACACACACACACACACACACCAGUUGUGUAUACUUUGAGGGGCAUAGGAGAGACUCAUCACACACACACACACACACACACACACACACACACACACACACACACACACACCCAAUUGCCCAUGGAUUCCUCCAAGAGACUCAUCACACACACACACACACACACACACACACACACACACACACACACACACACACACACACACACACACACACACACACACACACACACACCCAAUUGCCCAUGGAUUCCUCCAAGCUCAGGAACAGGUCUUUAGCUUUCUUAACUCUGAGUUCCUUUUGCCUAGGCAGUUGUCCUUUCACAUCUGUCACUUUGCUCCUCCAUCCAGUGUGCUCAAUCUUCCUGGGCUCACAGCCCCUUUGAGGAUCUAAUGGAAAUUGUAGAUCCUCUUCCAAAGAAAUGCAGAUAGCACAUUCAGUUUUUUGUUCAUUUGUGGGGGCAUAUAGGCUCCCUGAGACCAGUUCGGAAUCCUGUAGGGCCUAAAGUCACACUUGGGGAUGCACUACAUAAUUGCCAGUGGCAUUUUUAAAAAAUUAGGUCAGAAGUUAUGGAUGUUGCCCAAACACAACCUUCUAAAUCUUGCUUUUCCUGUAUUCCCUCCUUAAGCAACCUUCUAAAUCUUGCUUUUCCUGGAUUCCCUCCUUAAGCAUUUCCAGCACCCAAACUGGAAACUCAGGAGGUAUUUCUGGCUUUCUGUGUAUGAUUCUUUUGCUACAACAGUACUUUUCACUCUCUUUGUGGCAAACACAGUGCUAGUUCCUGGAGUGCAAAGGCAAACAAGGCUUACCAAAUCCUUCUGAUGUUUCAUAGGAAGCCUGUCCGUACCCUUUAACAUGAUUUACUGUCUUCAUAGUCUCUUUCCAACCUAAUCUCUCCACUUUCCAUGUACUUUUUACUGUAGCCUGGAGGUAUGUACUUGCUUUUCUCCAUGCCUUUGCUCACACUCUCCCCGGUGCUUAUUAUCACCACUUCUUAUCCAUCUCCUGCCUACUUUGCCUAGCUUUAGAUUUCUUUUAAGGUUUGAUUCAAGUCUCAUCUUUGGGAGCCCUCUGAUUGCCCUUUAGCAAGUAUGUAUUUAGAAGUAUGGAAGAGCAUAUGGUAUGUUUCCACUUUAUGCUUUAAAGUGAAAAAAAUGGAUUCAUAAUUGUGUAUAUAGUACAGUUCUCAUAUAAUGUUUCAUAUACUAUGUACUGUUAAAAAGUAAUUGAUAAAUUGCCUGAAGGAAAUAUAAGAAAAUGUUGUAAAUGGUUAAAUGAUAUAUUCACAGCCAUACAAAUGGUAAAUUGCAGAACUUAGGUUCAAACCCGGUCCUAUAGAUUAUAGAAUUAUGGGUGAUUAAAAGUCAUUUUUUUCUUUUUAAGUAAUUUCCACAUUUUCUAUAAGGAACAAGAAUUUUAUAAUCAGGAAAAAAGAAUUAUAUUUACAUACUUAGUUUUAUUGUAUUAACUAUAAACAGUAUUUUAAUUCUGUGUUUUAAGAUGUGGGAUAUACCCUGCCAUUUCUUUCUCCUUCCCUAUCCACCUCUCUGCCUCUGACAGUGUCAAGUCUGAAUCUUGAACUCUAUUCUGUAACCAUACUUAGUCUUUUAUGCUUUAUUGAUUUGUUCUAAAAAUUGAAAAUAAACAGCAUGAAUGUUGUUAUGACCAUGUAAAUAUUGCAGAUCUAAGUAGCUUACUAUGAUUACACACACACACACACACACACACUCACACUCACACACUCACUCACUCACUGAAUUUUGUUUUUAUUGGAGUUUUUAGUUGCCUUUCUUUUCCCCUUGUAUGGGUUGCCUUUAGCACACUGAGUGAUUUUCAGAUUCUCCAUCCAAUUAGAUAACUCUGUUGAGUCCACUUUUUUCUCUUUAAGAGAUCUCUAGCUUUCUGCACUGGUCUGUCCUUGAUGUUUUCCUGCCCACUGUUUUGUUGUUAUACAGGAUUUCAUUGUGUCCUGAACUGUACAUGUUGCUCUUUUUUCAUUAACUCCUUAAUUUCACUGCAGCACAUCUUCAAGUCACUUGCCAAGAAAGAGUAUAUGGGAGACAAAAUUAUUGAGGACUUAUAUAUCAAAAAAUAUCUUUCUCUGUUCUCAAGCUUGAUUGGUACUUUGACUGGCUUUGAAAUUCUACAUUGAAAAAUUUCCCCAGAAUUUGUAGAUGCCUGGUUCCAAUCUGAUUCUUUUUUUUUUUUUUUUUAAGGUUUUAUAUAUUUAUUUGUCAGAGAGCACAAUGGGGAGCAGCAGGCAGAGGGAGAAGCAGGCUGAGCAAGGAGCCUGAUGUGGGACUUGAUCCCAGGACACUGGGAUCAUGACCUGAGCUGAAGGCAGCUGCUUAACCAACUGAGCUACCCAGGCAUCCUUCCAGUCUGAUUCUUAUUUCUUUGACAGUCAAUAAAUACUACUUGCAUUACUGUAAUCUGUUCCCAUACCCCCAUGCCUGGAAGCUUUCAAAGUCUCCUCUUUCUUCUUGGUGCAAUCAAUUCCCCAGUGUACUCAGUGGAAUUUUUCAAUCUAGUGACUCAAGUUACUUUUAUUCUUGGAAAUUUUCUUGUGUUAUGUGAUAAUUCCCCCUUUCCAUAUUUUUUUUCUGUUUUUACUCUUUUUGGAAUUCCUGUCAAUCAAAUGUUGAACCUUGUGGAUUGAUCCUCAACUACAUUCUGUGUUAUUACCAUGUCCUUGUUUUGUGCUAUUUUCAGGGAGAAUACCUUCGUUAUUUUUCAAUCUGUCUAGUGAAUUUCUUAUUUUGGCAAUAAUUUCUAAAAAGCCUUUUUUCCCUGUUUGUUCCUUUUUUGUAGUAUACUAUUCUAAUUUUAGAGAUACCUUUUCUUAAAGGUUUCUCUUUCACCUGAUAACUCACCCCUUCAUGCCCUUGCCCCUGGGUUCUUUUUUCUCUUUGUUUACUCUCAUUGGAGACUUUCCUCAAAUAUAUUGUGAUUCUUACUGACAUAUACAAAUAAAUCUGUGUGUGUAUCAAAAGUCCAGUUGAGACCUCUGUGUGUGGGAGUGGGAUUUGCUCAGUCAAGAGGCUUCCUUCUAGAGUACUCGGUAGGGAGCAAGCUCUUUCCCUGGAAACUAAGUGCCAGAAUGAUGAGAUCUUUUGUCUGGGGCUCAUAUGCUUCUUUAGCAGGAAAUCCUCUGAUGUUUUUGUCUGGGGCUUGGAUGCCAUAAGUGCUUCUGUAGGAGUGGGAGAGAAGAAAAUCAAGUGUUAUUAUAGACUUUUGGUUAAUGCCCUCAUUUUUAGCCUCACUUUUCCCUCCCACCCUUAAUGUACCUGGGGUUUCCAAGUCCCAAGUUGCUUUGGGAUUUGGCAGGGUAUGUUAGCUACCUCCUUCCAUUGUAUUGCCCUCAGCAAGUGUUCCAAGCUGUACUCCCUCCAUGCAACUUUCUCAGUUACCACUUCAUCCAUUUUCCAUCUUACAGAGAUUUGUUCCCCUUAUCACAUUAUUAUUUAUACAUUUUAAGUCAUUGUAAUUCAUUAUGUUUUAUAAAAAGGAAAACAUCAGUCACGGGUUGUUUUCCUUUUUUUUUUUUCUAUUAAACAGUAACACUGGCAAGUACACAAAUCACUGUCAAAAUAUUCAUUUUUAGGAUAGCUAAGUCAAAGCAUAUCAACAUUGUUUUUUUAAAUGUUUUAACUUCCCCUAAAUUUAGUAGCAGAAUAAGGGACUGGAGAAUAAAGAGACCAGUUACCAAGAACCUAGUGGUAGACAGUUCAGUCAGGGAAUAUAUGUAACCGCACUGAUUGUGACUUAUAGUUGUGGCUGGAGUGUGGAGGCUAGGCCAUGAGGGGAGAAAGGAAUCCUGGAGACCAUACAGAUAGCUUUUGUCAGACUACAAGGGAGAUUUUGACCCAGGCAGGGUAAGGGGGCCAGAAGAGAAGGGACAGAUGCAAUGAGCAGGCCUUAGGGGCAUGAAAGAUCAAGGAGCAAAUCCCCAAGCCAGAAAUCAACCUCUACAUCCUGGUGAAACAUGACUUGUGACAAAUGGGUCCUGGCCCAGUCCUGAGAAGCCCUGGUUUCCUUGUGCCUCUCUGGGGCCACCCUGUGUUCACAGUGGUCAAUACUUCCGUGGUGUUGGGCAGGGGUUUGGGAGAAGAAACCUAAGUCCUAGCAGGCUAGUAGCAAGGUUGUAAUCACCCCAUUCAUUGAGGGAUUCCUGUGUGGGAGGCUAAAUGCCAAAUGUUCUUUAUUCCAUUUAGUCCUCACCUGAGGAGGGAAGUUCUUUUAUAAUCCCCAUUUUCAAGGGCAGUAUUCACAGUCAGUAUUAGAAUAAUUCUGUUGUCAAAGUCUGUGCCCCUUUCUCCCAAGCUACUUUCUCAAUGUCCCUCCAGAGACCCUUCUCAUCAAAAGUUACAAAGGGAAACAAUGAAGAGUAAGUCUUCUUCCUAGCCCAGAGUACCCCAGGUUAGGAGUACCCUGGAAAUAACUGUUGCAAAUUUCUUGAUCCUUCCAGAGAGAGUUUGUGCAUUUAUAGUCUUACAUAUCCCCCGUUAAAACACACAAACAGGAGCUUAGGAUAUGCACUGUCUACACCUUGUUUUUUUGUUUGUUUGUUUGUUUUUUUUCAUUUAAUGUAUCUUGGAGAUGGUUCUAUAAGAUCUACCUCAUUCUCUAUUUUUUUUUCUUUGCCAUGUGAUAGUCAAUUGUAUUGAUAUACCAUAAUUCAUGUAGCAGUAUCCCAUUGGUGGGCAUGUAGGUUCUUUUCUAUCUUUUGUUUUACAAACAAUGCCAUGGUGAAUAGCCCAGCACACCAUCUUGUGUGUGCGACUUUGCAGGGUAAGUUGAUAAAGGGUAGGUACAUUUGGUAUUUUGAUAGAAAUUGCAAAUGCAGUCCCCAAUAUGUGUAUGAAAAUGCCCAUUUCCAUGAGUCUUCUAUAAAACUAUUGUUUUCUGGUCUGAUAAGUGAAAACUUCUCUCAUGUUUUAUUUUGUGUUCAAUUACGAGUGAAACUGGGUAUUGUGUCAGCUGUUUACAAAGUUGUGUGUUUCUUUUUUCUGUCAUUUGCUUGUUCAUGUUCUUUAGCAGUUUUCUGUUGGGUUGUUGAUCCUUUUAAGAAUUGGUCCUCUCUUGAUUAAAACUUCAC